UAUAUUUUUUUUUUUUUUUUUUUUUUUUUCAGUCAAUACGUGGGUUACGCAGUCCGGUGCGGGUAGAGCCGGGAAUGUUGGAUAAUAUGCAGUUCAAGGUUUGACAAGGUCCACUUUAAAACAUUCAGUACACAUAUCAAACCAUCAUCAUCCUCAUUGUGAUUGUCAUCAGUGAUGAUACGAGAGCCAACAGGUGGUUUCAGUAUGCUAUUGAUUAGUUAUUGAACAAUUGCUGGUGGGUCUGAGUUUAGUCUGUUUGUGUAAAAGCACAACUUUCAGUCAUUGCUUCAUCUGAUCCCCUUGCAUGCUUCAUUGUUUUCUUCCCUCAUUGGCUCUCUGUUUGGGAGUGGGAGGGGCCUCUGGAAGGCGUAAGGGGCUUUAACGAAAGCAGGAAGAUGCUUUGAUGGUGGCGUAGUCUUCAGCCUGCUGUCUCACUGUUUUGGGGUGGCUGAGGAGAGGGAGUACGGGGGUUAGGAUUCAGAGGAGACAAGGAGGGCUGUGCUUCUAUCUAAGAGAUUGUAAUAAUAACCACACCAGUGCGACUGGGCUAGUAGCUCCUAUUAUACGCAGUACUGUAGAACAAAAUGCAUGAGAGUCAAAACUAUACUCGUCUGGCUGUGUGUCGACGGCUGUUUUUUUGUGCGUGUGUGUGUGUGUAUUUGAAAGGAGGAGGGGUGAGUUCACGUCGGAAUGUACCAUGGCUGAGUGUGUGUUUACCUGCUCCAGCAGUUCCCACGCUCUUCCACAAGCAGGUAAUCAUGCCUCUUCCACUCAUGUGUCACCUGCCCUCUUGCAAGUGUGCGUUACUGAAUGUGUUGGUUACUGUAUGUGUGAGUUAAUACUUGCAUAUGCGUAACUAGGUGUGUGUGUGGGGGUGUGUGUGUAAACUGAGUGUGUGAAGCACUUGCAUUGAUAAUCUGGAGCUCAGAGAGAGUCAGUCUCACUUUGUGGCUGUCUCCUCACCUGAAACUUCCCUCGCCCUGCUCUGUUCCCUUUUUGGCUUCUCAUUCUAUAGCACCACCGUCUGCGGACGCACUCGGACCUCUUACGCUAAGUCAUCACCUUUCUGUCGCUGUCACCAUGACGCCUACACCACCGUUGUUCCUUCUACUGCUUGGUCUGAUAGGUGCUCAAGCCAACAUGGACCUCCGCACAGCUGCUGCCAUGGCGGCAGGCUUGUGCAAGACCCGUCCCACAGAUCUUGUGUUCAUCAUUGACAGCAGCCGAAGUGUUCGGCCCUCAGAGUUUGAGCAAGUAAAGGUCUUUCUGGCAAAGGUUAUUGAGGGGCUCGAUGUUGGACCCAAUGCUACCCGUGUGGGAGUUGUCAACUACGCUAGCCGUGUCAAGAAUGAGGUGUCUUUGAAGACACACCGCACCAAAGCCGGACUUGUAAAGGCUGUGACAAAGAUUGAGCCUCUUUCCACUGGAACAAUGACGGGGUUGGCUAUCCAGUUUGCUCUCAAUGUGGCCUUCAGUGAGGGCGAGGGUGCUCGUGCCAAAUCUCCUGAUAUCAGCAAGGUUGCCAUUAUUGUGACAGAUGGGCGCCCUCAGGACAACGUAAAAGAUGUGGCUCAACGUGCAAGGGAUGCUGGCAUUGAGAUAUUUGCCAUUGGCGUGGGACGUGUGGACAUGAGCACCUUGAAGCAGAUGGCAAGCGACCCCCUGGACGACCACGUGGACUACGUGGAGAGUUACAGCGUAAUUGAGAAGCUCACCAAGAAAUUCCAGGAGGCCUUUUGUGUGUCAGACCUGUGUGCCACUGGGGAUCAUGACUGUGAGCAGGUAUGCAUCAGCACCCCCGGAUCAUACAAGUGUGCCUGCAAAGAUGGCUUUACCCUCAAGGAUGAUGGCCGCAGCUGCAGUGCCUGCAGCAACUCGGCAACAGAUGUGGUGUUCUUGAUUGACGGCUCAAAAAGCGUACGUCCUGAGAACUUUGAGCUUGUCAAGAAGUGGAUCAACCAGAUCAUCGACAAACUGGAUGUUGAUGAGAGUAAGGCUCACGUUGGCCUGGUGCAGUACUCCAGCUUAGUCAGACAGGAGUUCCCCCUGGGCCGCUACAACAACAAGAAAGACUUGAAGGAUGCCGUGAAGAAGAUGGCGUACAUGGAGAGGGGCACCAUGACCGGACAGGCUCUCCGCUACCUGACUGACAACAGCUUCAGCCAUAGCCAAGGCGCCCGGCCUGGAGUCACCAAAGUGGGUAUUGUCUUCACUGAUGGACGCAGCCAGGAUUACAUCGGAGAUGCUGCGAAGAAGGCCAAGGCAAACGGUUUUAAGAUGUAUGCCGUCGGCGUGGGCAAUGCAGUGGAGGACGAGCUGAAAGAAAUUGCCUCUGAGCCAAUUGGGGAGCAUUAUUUCUACACUGCCGACUUCAAGACUAUGAAUCAGAUUGCCAAGAAGCUGCAGAUUAACCUUUGUCAAGAGGACGACCCCUGUGAAUGUGAUUCCCUCGUAAAGUUCCAAAAGAAAGUACAGGACGCCAUACAAGCAUUAACAAAGAAAUUAGAGAGUAUGUCGAAGAGGAUCGCUUUGCUGGAGAACAAAAUUGUCUGAAAGCUCACAUCCCACUCUCACCAUCUAUAUGUUCACCCAACCGCACAUAUACACACACAUACACACAAUUUUACUUACUGUAAAAUACUGAAGAGGAAGCCCCAUGCGUGUGAACCCUGACCUCUGCUUGCAGCCUGAGCUCUCCAAAACCCUAAAACCACAUCAGUCCCCUCCUCUGUCAGCCUUACCUCCUCCACCCUUGGUCUCCUGGGACACAAGGAGCCGGUUACCAUGGGGACCAACGCCUGUUUGUGUGUGCGCUCCGAAGGUCAUCCUCCAUAGCCAGAGCCUGUGUGUUUGUUAAUAAAAGUCUUCCCUCAUAGGGAAAUGGUGACGGAACGCUUAAAGGGGUUUUCUUUGUUCCUGCCAAGGUGUAUAUUGAGAAUCUUCCCAAACUCAACAGGGCUUCUAUCCUGCUGUGUUAAAAGAAGCCACACGUUGCCCUCACUUGUUAACCCAGGGCCAAAAUAUGGCCAUCAGGUAUUGC